CGUGGAUGAUUUUUAUCACCUUUAAAUGGAAGUCGACGAGGAAAAACCGCAGAUUAUUGCGGAGAACCCCAAUGAGAGCGUUAUACGAGAACGCAACGCGGAGAUCGUUUCUGGCGGCAAUGUUUUCUACAAUCCUGUCCAGGAAUUUAAUCGAGAUCUGAGCAUCUCCGUUCUGAAUGUUUACUACCGGAGAUUAACUAAAGAAAGAAUCGAAAAGGCGCAAAAAAAACAGCGGAAGAAGGUGAAAGAGGAGGAUCAAGAAAAACCCUCUCCGGUUUCCGAGGAUCCACCCACUUAUGAGGCAGGUACUCGCUAUGAGGAUGGUCUGCGGAUUCUGGAGGCCCUGGCAGCCACUGGCUUGCGGAGCAUCCGCUAUGCCCAGGAAAUCGCUGGAGUACGCCAGAUCGUGGCCAACGAUCUUUCUCGCCAGGCGGUGGAGUCCAUCAAAACGAAUGUGCGGCACAACAAGGUGGAGGAGCUGAUCGAACCCAGUCAUUCGGAUGCCAUGACCCUUAUGUAUCUUUCGACACAACAAGAGAAGCGCUUUGAUGCCGUGGACCUGGAUCCCUACGGAUGUCCAAAUCGCUUCCUGGACGGAGCUAUGCAGUGUCUAGUGGAUGGGGGACUGCUCCUAGUGACCGCCACCGACAUGGCUGUUCUGGCCGGUAAUGCUCCGGAGGCGUGCUAUGUGAAGUACGGGUCUGUGCCGCUGCGGAUGAAGUGUUGCCACGAGAUGGCAUUACGCAUCCUGCUUCACUGCAUCGAGAGCCAUGCGAAUAGGCACGGCAAAUAUAUCGAACCUUUGCUGAGUAUCUCAGCGGACUUUUACGUCCGGAUAUUUGUUCGAGUCUACGCCGGACAAGCUCAGUGCAAGCUGUCGAUGAGCAAGCAGUCUUGGAUAUACCAGUGCACGGGGUGCGAGACCUUCACGCUGCAACCCUUGGGCACAACUAAGCCGAAUCCCACGGCUGGAAAUCCCCAUCAGCUGAAGUACGGCAUACCCACUGGUCCGGCGGUCAAUUCUCAGUGCGAGCAUUGCGGCCACAGGCACCACCUGGGUGGACCCAUUUGGUCAGCUCCGAUACAUAACCCGGAAUUUGUCCAGGAUCUGUUGAGUGCCGUCCAGGAGACGUCGUUGCAGUCCCUGGGCACCCAAAGGAGAAUCGUUGGAGUGCUUUCCAUGGUCCAGGAGGAGUUACAGGAUGUUCCCCUGUACUAUACACCUGACAAACUGUGCUGCGUGCUCAAGCUAGAGAUUGUGCCCAUGCUGAAGUUCAGGUCUGCUAUUCUCCAUGCGGGCUAUCGAGUCUCUUACUCGCAUGCCUCGAAGAAUUCCCUGAAAACUAAUGCGCCACCAGCUGUGCUGUGGGACAUUCUGCGCAGCUGGAGCAAGCGGCAUCCGGUGAAUCCCGAGCGGAUGAUUCCCGGUACUCCUCUGGAGGCCAUACUUUCGAAGAAAGCCACAGCGGACUACGAGUUUGAUGAACUUCACCCGGAGGCCAACCCGAAGAGCCGUAAAUCGGCAUUAUCACGUUUCCAGGAGAAUCCUACUCCGCAUUGGGGACCAGGAACCAGGGCCACAAUCAUGAUUGGUGACAACAAACUGCCAAAGAGCUACCGUAACCAGAACAAGAAGCAGCGUCACAAAACAUCGCAACAGCAAGCGGAGGAGGACCAAAAAGAUGCCCCACAAGCGGUGGAAGAUGAGGGUGAUGCGGCUCAUGUGGCCAAGCAGCCCAAGCUGGAGGCGUCUGCGUGACGACUGCUUCUGUGUUACAAAUUUAUUGCCAAUAAUGUUUGUAAAAUCCAAAA